GCGAGAAUUCCCUGCGGAUGUAAACUGGGAAACCUGUAGGAAAUUCUCCAGUUGUCAAGCCAUCAUGAAUUCAGUGGCUGGAAAUAAGGAGCGAAUUGCAGUCACGACGCGGAGCAGAAAAUACGGGGUGACCGACCCCUGCUCCCCCACCAAGCCCGCCGCCCCCUUCUCCCCCGAGAGCUGGUACCGGAAGGCUUACGAGGAGUCCCGGGCGGGGAGCCGCCCGGCGCCGGAGGGAGCCGGCUCUGCCCUGGGCUCCUCCGGCACCCCAUCGCCUGGCUCCGGCACCUCGUCGCCGGGCUCCUUCACGGGCUCGCCGGGGCCUGCCUCGCCCGGCAUCGGCACCAGCUCCCCCGGCUCGCUGGGCGGCUCGCCGGGCUUCGGCACCGGCUCGCCGGGCUCCGGCAGCGGCGGCGGCUCCUCGCCGGGCUCCGACCGCGGCGUCUGGUGCGAGCACUGCAACGCCCGCCUGGCGGAGCUGAAGAGGCAGGCGCUGAAGCUUCUUAUCCCCGGGCCCGUCAGCAGCAAGGACCCAGGCUUCUCUUCGAUGAUUCAUGACAAACUCCAAGUUCCCAAUACCAUUCGGAAGGCAUGGAACGAGAAGGACAACAGAUGUGAUGUUUGUGCCACCCACCUGAACCAGCUGAAGCAAGAGGCCAUUCAGAUGGUGCUGACAUUAGAGCACGCUGCCAACUCCGAACAUUACGAUGCCUUGCCAGGCUCCCCUCCGCCUCUCUCCAAUAUCCCCACGUUAGUGGGCUCCCGGCACAUGGGCAGCCUGCAGCCCAGGGACUGGGCAUACAUGCCUGCUUCUUAUGCUACAUCUAAUUAUACAGGCUUUGUGGCCAACAAGCAUAGUGGGAAACCCAACAGUCUGGGAAUUGUCAAUGGGGUGGAGAAGAAAAAUGGCUCUCCUGGACACCAAGCCAAGGUCAGCUUUCAAAUGGCCACCAGCCCCAGCAAUGGUAAUGUUCUCAACUCUAUGGCUAUCCAGGCUCAUCAAUACCUUGACGGCACCUGGUCUUUGUCAAGAACGAAUGGCGUCACUCUAUAUCCUUACCAAAUCUCUCAGCUCAUGACAGAGACUAGUCGAGAGGGCCUGACUGAAGCAGCGUUGAACCGCUACAAUGCAGAUAAACCCUCUUUGUACAGCUUCCCUGGUUCCCAGAGCACAUAUGUUGCUAGUGAUGUAUCCACAGGCACCUCGGUGGCAGCAUCAUUUUUUGCCAGAGCUGCUCAGAAAUUGAACCUGUCUUCCAAAAAGAAGAAGCAUAGGCCUUCUGCACCAGCAGUUCCUGAAUCUCCUCUCUUCUCCACCAGCUUCAGCAGUAUCCUUCAGACCUCCCCGCCCCCUGCACCACCAUGUUUGUUGAGGGCAGUCAGCAAAGUGAAGGAUAUCCCCGGAGUGGGCAAGGUCAAAGUCAUGGUGCGCAUUUCUUCCACACUUGCCAGAGACACGUCGGAGUCCAGCGCUUUCUUAAAGGUUGAUCCCCGUAAGAAGCAAAUCACACUGUAUGACCCAUUGACCUGUGGAGGUCAGAAUGCCUUCCAGAAAAGAGGCAACCAGGUUCCACCCAAGAUGUUUGCUUUUGAUGCAGUUUUCCCCCAGGAUGCAUCACAGGCUGAAGUAUGUGCUGGGACUGUGGCUGAGGUGAUCCAGUCAGUAGUCAAUGGGGCAGAUGGCUGCGUGUUCUGCUUUGGCCAUGCCAAACUUGGGAAGUCAUACACCAUGAUUGGAAAGGAUGAUUCCAUGCAGAGCCUCGGCAUAAUCCCUUGUGCCAUCUCCUGGCUCUUCAAGUUGAUUAAUGAGCGCAAAGAGAAGACAGGAGCCCGCUUCUCAGUCCGAAUUUCUGCAGUGGAAGUGUGGGGGAAAGAAGAAAAUCUUAGAGACCUGUUGUCAGAAGUGGCUACAGGCAGCCUACAAGAUGGUCAGUCCCCAGGUGUCUACCUUUGUGAGGACCCCAUUUGCGGCAUGCAGCUUCAGAAUCAGAGUGAGCUCCGGGCCCCGACCGCAGAGAAGGCUGCCUUCUUCCUCGACGCGGCUAUUGCCUCUCGUCGCAGCAGCCAGCGAGACUGUGAUGAGGAGGAUCACCGCAACUCUCACAUGCUCUUCACCCUGCACAUCUACCAGUACCGCAUGGAGAAGAGUGGCAAAGGCGGAAUGUCUGGAGGUCGCAGCCGCUUGCACCUGAUUGACCUGGGGAGCUGUGUGAAAGUGCUCAGCAAAAACCGGGAGGGGAGCUCGGGCCUGUGCCUCUCCUUGUCAGCACUGGGCAACGUCAUCCUCGCCCUCGUCAAUGGCAGCAAGCACAUCCCGUACAAAGACAGCAAGCUCACCAUGUUGCUUCGGGAGUCCUUGGGGAAUAUGAACUGCCGCACCACAAUGAUAGCUCACAUUUCAGCCGCCGCAGGGAACUAUGCUGAGACGCUGUCUACCAUCCAGAUUGCAUCAAGGGUCCUCAGGAUGAAGAAAAAGAAAACUAAGUACACAUCCAGUUCUUCUGGAGGAGAGAGCUCUUGUGAGGAAGGCAGGAUGCGGAGGCCAACUCAACUGAGGCCCUUCCACUCUAGAAACACUGUUGACCCAGACUUCCCUAUUUUGCAUCUGUCAAAGGAUCCUGAUUAUUCAUCCAGCAGUGAACAGUCCUGUGACACAGUGAUUUAUGUUGGCCCCAAUGGCACUGCCCUUUCUGAUAAGGAACUGACAGAUAAUGAGGGUCCCCCUGACUUUGUUCCCAUAGUUCCUGCACUACAGAAGACCAAAAAUGAGGGCAAAUUAGAGGAAGUUUGUGAAUCAGGGCCCAGCACAUCUGAAAGAGACUGCCUGAAGUGCAACACCUUUGCAGAGCUCCAGGAGAGGCUGGAUUGCAUAGAUGGCAGUGAAGAGACUGACAAAUUUCCCUUUGAAGAGAUGCCUGCUCAGUUUAGCUCAGACCAGAUGUCUAAGUGCUCUGUCUCAAGCCAACUGGCAGAGCUUAGCCACUUACCAGAGUCAGAUAAGGAAGAUACCAUGCCAGAAUGUCAGCAUCCUGAGAGAGAAGCCAAGGAAAAUAUAAAUGCAACACCCAGCAAAACUAAGAGAAAUCACUCCCCUGUUUCUUCUGGAGCUCUCACUAACAUUUCAACUCCUUCUUCUCCCAGGAGUGUAACAGGCAGCUCUAGUAAAGAGCUUAGCUCUUCCCAGUUAGCACACAGCACAAGCUUGCAGAGCAGCAGAGAAGGUCUCAAUACCUGUGGCUUUGUGGAAGGCAAACCUAGGCCAAUGGGUUCACCCCGGCUUGGCAUUGCAAGCCUCUCCAAAACAUCUGAGUACAAGCCACCAACUUCUCCUUCCCAGAGAUGCAAGGUCUAUACACAGAAAGGAGUUCUGCCCAGCCCCACUCCCCCACCAGCUCCCUUGAGUAAGGAUACCGGGGUGAGGUCUAAUGAAUCCUUAUUGCAGCCAGAAAUCCGGACCCCUCCUGUAGGAAUGAGCCCACAAAUCAUGAAGAAGUCAGUGUCCUCCAGCAGUGGGGGAUUUGAAGAGACCAUUCUUGAUGAAGAUCAGCAACAAAACAUUUCGCCAGAAUCCAAAAAGGAGAUUUUAAGCACCACCAUGGUGACUGUGCAGCAGCCGUUAGAGCUGAAUGGAGAGGAUGAGCUGGUGUUCACCCUUGUAGAAGAACUAACCAUUAGUGGGGUCCUUGACAAUGGGCGCCCAACCAGUAUCAUCAGUUUUAACAGUGACUGCUCUGUGCAGGCUUUGGCCUCUGGGUCUAGGCCAGUCAGUAUUAUCAGCAGCAUCAGUGAAGACCUUGAAUGUUACUCCAGUGCAGCUCCUGUGUCUGAGGUCAGCAUCACACAGUUCCUUCCACUUCCAAAACUGGGACUGGAUGACAAAUCCCAGGAUGAUGGCAGCAGGCGCUCAUCCAUCAGCUCGUGGUUGAGUGAAAUGAGCACAGGGAGCGAUGGUGAACAGUCGUGCCACAGUUUCAUAGCCCAGGCAUGCUAUGGUCAUGGGGAAGCAAUGGCAGAGCCCCCUGUCUCUGAGUUUGCAAGCACCAUACAAAGUGCUAGCAUGAUUUGUGUAAAUGACAAACAGAAGCCAGUGACUGACAACAUGCUCAUAUUGUCAGAAAUGGGGGAGGAAGCUUUUGGCAAAGUGUCACCCAUCAAAGGCUGUAAAAUAUCAGCUCUAGGGAAAACGACUGUCACAAUCAAAAACACUGCAAGCCUCAGCAGCUGUGAAGGCUACAUCCCAAUGAAGACAAACAUUACCGUUUAUCCAUGUAUUGCUGUUAAUCCCUUUAAAGUACAAGACACUGAUGACGCUGUAUCGGCAGUAGCUACAGACCCAAAAGUUUCUCAUCCCCACGAAGGGAAAGAAUCCAGUGCUAAAAAGGAUAUCAAAUUUGAAGACCCUUGGCUAAAGAGAGAAGAUGAUAUAAAAAAGGACAGCUCUGGGAGUGGUGAUGGGCCAAAGCCUGACACAGCCACAGUUUCAGCCAAGCCUGAGCACAGCACAAAACAGAUCUCAGCAGAUAGGUUUAGUAGGAGCAGCAGUGGUGACACUUCUAUCUCCCCAGGAUCUGACAGUCUGAAGAGGAUUGUGGAUGGGUGUGAGAUGGCAGCUUCAGGCUCUGCAACCCAAAGUCCUGUUCAUUCCACUGACAGCUUGAAGAACAGCAGUCUCCCUCAAGGGCUCCCAAAGGCAAGCAAGCCAGAGGAGCCUGAAGUUGUUCUCCUUUCUACUGCCACUGACAGUGGCAUCAGCUCUCCUGCCCUACCCCAGUUUUCUAAGGCAAGCCUAGACAAAAAAAUGGCAUCUCCCAAACACUGUGUCCUCACUCGUCCCAAAGGGACCCCUCCUCUGCCUCCGGUGAGAAAGUCAAGCUUGGAUCAGAAGAACAGAGCCAGCCCCCAGCACAGCGCUGCCAGCAGCACCACGAGCAGUCCCUCCAGCCAGCCCGUGUCUUUCCUGGCGAGCUUUCCUGAUGAGCUGAAUGGCAAACAGAAGGGCUCUGGCAUUGACAGCAGUAGCAACAACAACAGCAGCAGCAAGUUAUUUAGUGCCAAACUUGAGCAGCUUGCCAGCAGGACCAACUCCCUUGGGAGGUCCACAGGAAGCCACUAUGAGUGUUUGUCACUGGAAAGAGCAGAAAGCCUGUCCUCUGUGAGCUCCAAAAUGAGCCCUGGCAAAGACACCACCAUGCCUAGGGCUGGAAGGAGCCUCAGCCGCAGUGUCAUGUCCUCACCAACCAACUCAGGCCUCUCUCAGUCUGCAGGUGCCUCCCCAAAAGCCAGCCAGUCUAAGAUCUCUGCAGUCAGCAAGCUCCUGUUGGCAAGUCCCAAAGCCCGAAGCCUGUCUGCCUCUGCCACCAAAACACUCAGCUUUUCCACCAAGUCUCUGCCUCAGUCCGUAGGGCAGAGUUCCAGUUUGCCUCCAAGUGGGAAGAACAUGUCCUGGUCAACACAGUCCCUCAGCAGAAACCGAGGCUCCAGUCUUGCUUCCAAAUUGCCUCUUCGAGCUGUCAAUGGACGGAUUUCAGAACUACUCCAAGGGAGCACAAGUGCUAGAGGUUUACAGCUGCAUGGAAACUCCGAGGCAGAGGAGCAUGGGGGCUUUCAUGGAGAGGAGAAACCAGCUGUUCACAUGCUGCCUUCGCCUUACAGCAAGAUCACCCCUCCUCGGAAACCUCACCGCUGUAGCAGUGGUCAUGGAAGUGAUAACAGCAGCGUCCUGAGUGGAGAGCUGCCCCCAGCCAUGGGGAAAACAGCCCUUUUCUACCACAGCGGGGGAAGCAGUGGCUACGAGAGCAUGAUGAGAGACAGUGAAGCAACAGGGAGUGCUUCUUCAGCACAGGAUUCUAUGAGUGAGAAUAGCAGCUCUGCUAGUGGGAGGUGCCGAAGUCUCAAAAAUCCAAAGAAGCGAUCAAAUGCAGGUUCACAGAGACGGAGGAUUAUUCCAGCUUUAUCACUUGAUACAGCUUCCCCAGCCAGGAAGCCUGCCAAUAGCCCUGGGGUCCGCUGGGUGGAUGGACCUCUGCGAAGUGGACAGAGGGGGCUGGGUGAGCCUUUCGAGAUCAAAGUCUAUGAGAUAGAUGAUGUGGAGCGACUUCAACGGCGACGAGGUGGGGACAGCAAGGAAGUGAUAUGUUUCAAUGCCAAGCUGAAAAUCCUGGAGCAUCGCCAGCAGAGAAUUGCAGAGGUCAAGGCCAAGUAUGAGUGGUUAAUGAGAGAACUGGAGGUGACCAAACAGUACCUGAUGCUGGAUCCGAAUAAAUGGCUCAGUGAAUUUGACCUGGAGCAGGUAUUUGAGCUGGAUUCUCUGGAAUACCUAGAGGCCCUGGAAUGUGUGACUGAGCGUUUGGAAAAUCGUGUCAACUUCUGCAAGGCCCACCUCAUGAUGAUCACCUGUUUUGACAUCACUUCCAGACGCCGAUAGAGAACGAAGCUCAGGAGAAUUUCAACGCGAAUCUCUGCCAUCCUCCUUUUUCCUUCCGAUUAGCAUCCCAAAGACAACAGAAUGAGGAUGAAGGUUCGAGUCAAGUCUCAGUUGUGUGUAUGAGAGAUUUGCUUAAUUAUAUCGAAGAGCAGUUUUAAAAAAAAAAGGAUGAGCACGAAAAAAUGGAGAUAUAAGAAUGUUGAUUCUCUUAGCGUAAAAGAGCACUUUGAGGAACCUUUAAGGACAUGUCUGUAAAUAAGAACUGCUGGCAGAAGAGACUUCUUUCCCUACAUUAGCUGAGGGAGGAGGAGAAAGGUGGUUGUAGGACUUCCACUGAGAAGUUCAUUUUAAAAAAAACCUACCCAGAAAGACUGUUUAAGUGCCUUGCAAAUCUUUAUUAUCCAAACAUUUAUGUUCAUACUUUCUUGUGUACAGAUGGUGCUAGUCGAGAAAAGAAAAAGGAAAAAAACAAACACACUUUUGAAAUGUAUUUACAGCUUGUUUUUCUCUUGGUGUUUUCUCCUAUUUCAGACUUGCUGUUUCUAAGUAACUCGUGUUUGUAGAAAUAUUUCCUAAUCAGUACAACAUAUGAAUAAAUGUUAACUGUCUUUUAUUGUUACCAGAGUAAGGCCACUCAAAGAGAAAUUUAACAUUCCCAGAUGACCCCCAAAAUAUUUCUAGCUGUGAGUGAGGUCUGAUUAUCUGCUUUUCUGUACUAUCUUAUAUUGGAGGACACAGUAAUUUUCCCAACCUGUAGAUUCUACAAUAUAUGAGAGAAGAGAGGUGAGAUUACCAUGAAGUAAGUAUCUUUUCCAUUUGAUUCAACCCCAUAAUUUGUUGUCUUUUUCAUCUAUUUUUAGCUUUGUACUAAGUAGAGUUAUGGAUGAGAGGGCACUUUUAUCCUAACCCUUUCUCUGGUGCUAAUAACUUGCUGGAAAAUUACUCUUAGGCUGAGGGCUCCCAUGCUUAUCAGUCCAAAAAUGAGUGAUUUAUUCUUUCUUUCUUUCUUUCUUUCUUUCUUGAGAAUAUGACUGAUAAAAUUUAAUUUUGCCUCCUUUUGACUAAUACCACUUCAAAACAUGUUUCAGCAGCUUUUGUUCCCCGUCGCAGUCUGUCUGUAGCCCUAGCCGUAUGAGAAGUGCGUGCUCUGUCCAGUUCUAACUAGUCCAGAAAUAAGCAUGAGUCAUGAGUGAGUGGUGAAGCACAUCAGGUAUGUUGGCUAUGACAGUUUCCUUAUUAACACUCCCUUAUUGAAGCCCGGGCAGAAUUCUCAUUAGCGUCAAAAGUAUGAGGGUCUGGGCCUCAGUGCACAUCCAGAUGUUCUACUUGUUUGUGUCUUUAUCUAUGUAACAAACAGUAUGUGGGAAGGAACGUCCUUUGUGUUACAUAAAGAAAUGUGUUAAAUUUGCAUUUCUGUUAUGUGUGAGCAUACUUUUGUGGUGUGGGUUUCUUCUUUUAUAUUGAAAUAAACCCAUUCACAAAAAUUCCUCUCUCUCAUACACCUAUGCAACCCUCCUGUUGCUUUUGUGAAACUAAGAGCAUCAUUUAACACAUAUUCAAUGUGCAUCAAUUUAAUGUUCUUAAACACAACUCUUGUUUUACCUGCAGUACCACAUUAGUGACAUAUUACAAUAUCCCAAGCUGCAACACCCAAUGGAAAAAAAAUACAAAAAUACUGUUAGAUUUUUCUAGCAGUUACCUGGAAAACCUGUGAAUUAGGUAGAAAUAACUUUUAUAUAGUUUUAUUUUAAUACCCCAAAAUAUAUACUAACAAAUCUUAUUGCUUCUAUUAGCCUUGUCACUGGAUUCUGUAGAAGAUCCAUUAUUAUAAGUUUUAGGAUUAUUUGGUGGGGGAAGGAAAAGAUCCUAUAUAAAAGUUGUUUUCUGUUCUAUUCUACAGCAUUUUCCUAUCAGGAAACUCACUCACAUUCCAAGUAAGUAUUAAAAGAUACAGGUCUGCUCUCUCUUCCCUUCCCCCUCAAGGCAAAAAAGAAAAAGUCUCUCAAGCAAUUUAUUUCUCUAGCUUUGUUUCUCCUUGUAAUGAUUUCAAUGGAGCUGGUUGUGUAUCAAGUUUGUUGAGCCCAUCUCUUCUCCACAGAGCCUCCUGAACUUAACAGAUAGCUCCAAAGAGCCAGGGGAAUUUCCAGUGCAGUUUUAUGCUGGAUGAAGAUCUAGCAUCUGUAGGGUACAGAGUCCAUCCUUUGUGGCCUUAGUCCCGCAGAGCCCCAGGUACAUGCUGUCAAGUCUCACACCCGCGGGAGAGAGGCUCACAAUUGCUCUCACUCGCCUGCGUCCCCAGGUAGGCCUGUACUGCAGGCGUCUGUGAUGCUGUGCGUUGCCCCUCUCCCAUGCUGGGACCCACAUUCAAGGAAGACCCACCAGCUCGUGCACAUGAAAUCAUAUGUUGCCUUCCUGAAAAUGUGUUUAUUAGAAAGUGUCAUUGGGCUAAUUGGACACAUAGUCCUUCCUCCACUGAAGAUAAGCAGCCCAAAAUAGGUAUGUUGUGUGCACUGGGGAGCUGUGGUGAGAUGGUAAAUGGCAAAUAGUACAAUAAAAACAAACAGAUACUUGAUGGAAACAAAGUGAAAUCCUAGCAAAUGGUGCAUGUACAGAAUGCAUUUUUACAAGAGUUGCUCUCUUACAUAUUGUAGGAUUUAUACGGAUGUGGUAAUGUUUCUGUAAAUCAAGGGGGCAAAUUUCGGAGCUGUUGCAAAGUAUCUAUUACUUACAGUAUUCAUCAGCAUCAUUACAGACUCAACUAGUCAACAUCUCUAGAUUUGGUACUUCUGUAGAUUAUGAAACAUAACAAAAAGGUGUCAGUCUAGCCAUUAUUUUAAACAAUAAGAGCAUGUGCUUGUCAUAUUUAUCGUGAUGGACAGAAAUUUAUCAGUGAAACCAAAUAGAUUACAUCAAGGAUGAAUUUGGCAUACUCAGAAUUAAGUAUUGACUGAGCACAAUUGAAGUCCUUACAAAUACUUUAUUUCUGAGAACUUCAUUAUAAUGGCCAUUGACACUCCCAUUAUAUAUCAUCACAUCCUAAAAUGUAUAUGAUCUUUCCCUUUUUGAUUUUCUGUUAGUGCAUUUUAAAAUUUGCCGCUGUAUUUUGGGGGAAUGUUAUGGCUUAAUGCAUAAAAAGGAAUGAAAAUUUACCAAGAUUUAACAUCUGUGAAAUGUCUUCUUGGUGAAUAUAGCUUUUUUAUUUUGGAAUUUAUAUUUUUAUACUUCAGAUAUAUGCAAAACAGAUAAUUAAAAGCAUCAUGACCUUGUUAUGAAAUUGCCCUUAGUCUACAGAAGCCAGCAUUUUCCAGAAGACCCAUAAAGUUUGGCAAAUAAUCCAGGAAGGCCCAUUCUUUAGCGAUUGCCAGUGCGAUGCUAUUUUUAUCUUGAUUUUUUUAAAAGGCAUCAUGUUACCCAAAAUACAGAGGAGUAACUUGAAUAGAAUGCUUCAGCACUUGCAUAUUCAGAAGUCAAUCUUACUUCCCUGGAACAGCUUUAGUAGUAAACAGCAAUGUUAACAUAAUUAGGUUUGAAGGUUAAAUCUUCGUUCAUAUGCAUAGCAGAUGACCACAGGUCUUUAUUAUCAAGUUGUUUAAUGAUUGAAGAAUGCCAUCCAUGAGGCUGCAUUACCAUAGGCAUGUUCAGGUCCAGGCAGCUAUAAUAGUUUGGGCCUAAUUUUGAAAACUGCUCAUCUUGACGUACUUGAUCCUUACUUAUACUAUGGACAGAACCUGUGAUAUACUGUGAUCUGAAUUCAGACAUUGCUCUGGUCUCCGUGAGCUCUAGGAGUGGACAGAAAGCCCAGGGUCACCUGGGAGGGCUGGGUUGCUUCAUUUCAUACAGAGUAUUGGAGAUCCCUAAUUCCUUGUGCAUUUUUCAUAACUACACUUGUUUUUUCUUAUACCAUGCAUGUCUUGGAUUUGCUUCAAAAUUAGCUCUGGUCAAUUCAUUAGAUCUAAGCAAGCAGAAGUAUUAUUUCAGGGAAACGCAAGCAAGCACAUACAAAAGCUGCCCUUUGUUAGAUCUCUGCUGGGCCUGAUUCUCACCUCACCUGCACUGAGGCUCAAUUGCGUUAGAGUCAGGAGAGUUAUAGCAACUCCCCAGCUGUGAGGAAGAGGAAAAAUUAAUCCAGCUGCCAUGUGUUUAGAUAUUUACUGUGCAGUUGGUUAUACAGUUGAAGAAUAUUCUCCUCUUAUUUGUGUGCACCCCCUCAUUUUGUCUAAAGGCCGUGUGCAGUGCUACCACUCAACAUUUGCAGGCUUGGAUCCCUGGUCGCAAAACAUUGAAUAUCAUACAAGAUAACUUCCCAAACUUGCAGCUACACAAAAUGCCAGCUGGUGAAGAGCAAUGGCAUGAUCUUCUGACACCAAGCAAGCUAAGUGAGAGAUACAGAUAAUAUACAGAAAAGGAUGAAAGGUGCACAAAAAUAUUUUUCUUUCAUCUCUGAACAUGGGAAUUAUAGAGGCAGAAAGCUGGGAGUGAUGCUGGGAGAAAUGCACAUCAAGUCCCAAGCAUGCUCACAGGAUAGAUGUUUGGUCCUCCUUAAAGCGUUGUUUUUGGUUUUGUUUUGUUUUUUCAUUUAUCUCAGUAGUGUGGUUUGUCUUAAAAUAACAACUGUUAUCCAUAGCCUGGAAUUCAAAUUUUAUGACAGCUGAAGGAUAUGGACCUUUUUAAAAACCUUAAUGAUUUUGUGUCAUCUUUUUUUUCACAGAGGUAAAAAUAAUCAUGAAGGGUUGUAUAGACAUGCCAACAGAUGCAUAUAUACAUAGCCUGAGAGAGACCCCACGCACACAUUUAUGUGAGGAAGUGGCAUAGCUGCCUGUUUACAAGUUGCAACAGCAUCACCUUCCCCUUCCCCAAUGAGUACCUAUAAAGCAUUUCUCCUAUUACUCACCACGAUGAAGUUGCCUUACACCACACUAUAUGAAAAACACUUGAAACAUUUUGAAGGGUUGUUUUAAGGGUCCUUUUUUUCCCCAGAUCUUCAGUUUAUAAAGCCAAGUUGCUGCAAUUCCCAUGUAGAGGGUGUCACUUACUGAAAUGUUAAAGCCUGUAAAAGUAAUCCAGACGAGCAACUCUAUAUGUUCACAUCAUGAAUUAAAGUCAAGAUAUCUUAAAACAACCACUGUUAAAUACAACAAUUUGUGCAUAUGUAUGAGACAUACACCCUAGUCAUGCCAACUGAAAGCCCAAACUCUUAGCGUCCUGUGAGUUAAAGCCUUCUGCCUAGUCCUGAUAGUUACAAAAAUUGUAACUUGAAGUUUCUGAGUUGCAGACGACUGCCUAACGCAAAUACAAUUCUCAUAAACCAGAGAUUUUGUGACCCUGUGAUGGCCUACUUGUGUGAGAGGGAUGCACCAGAUCACUGCAGAGAUCAAAGUGUUCCUAUCACUGCACACUGAUAGGAGCAAGUGAUAGCUGUGCAGAGAGGCACUGUUCCACAGGUCCACUGAUGGGUGACGUACCUGCUUAAUCCUGAUGGCCUCCUCCUCUUUGUUUUGUUACUCCAUAGGUUUUUGGCAUUGGAAACACCCAGCAGUUUUUGGAGACACAAGGCUGGAUGUUGCUAGCUAUUGAGAGAUUUGGAACAGCUUUCCAAAUACCUAUGGCAAACAAAACUGUGAAUGAUUUGUCAAUGCAGAGUUAAUAAUCUGUCUCUUGCAUUUAUUGUGCGCUCAUCACAGGGUUAUCUGAGCUUCCAUACAUACUCUUGGAAAUAAUAAACCAUUUUAUUAUUGGUUUUAUCUUUUCUUCUUUCUCCUCCUCAAGUAAAAUGAAAAAAAAAAAAAAGAAGAAAAAUCAGUUUCCCUUAACAGUGUAGCACCCUUAUCUUGACUCUGUUGAAGUGGAUAUGGAUUUUGCCACCAACUUCACCGACAGCAGACUGAAGCUCAGUUAUGCAACAUUUUGGAGCUCACAAAGAGGGGGUGAUGAUUUUAUUCUGUUGAGAAUGGAGGUGCUGAAAAUGAAGUAGUAGCCUUCAUAUAUACUAUUUCAAACCACCCUCAAAACACUCCCAGACAGGAAAAAAGAGGAAAAAAAAGAAACCCCCAAACCUUCUGCCUUUGAGUGGUCCUACUUAAGUAUUGAGCAUACUUUAUAAUAAUGGUAAUAAAAUGGUGCUUGAGGCAGUUUCAGCUAUAUUACGUAUGCUCUAUAUACUAUAGAUAUGGAUGUAUUCACCCUCUAUAUUGUAUAUGUGUGUGUGUGAAUAUUUACAUAUAGCACACAUACAUAUAUGUUUUAUGUAUGCAUAGAUAUUAACUCUUCUAAGUUUUACGUCUUUCCCUCCCAUAGCUGAAACUGCUGGUAACUAACAUCCACACCAUAUUCUAUGUAUGAAGGAUAUAAUUUAUUUGUAAACUCAGGAUGUUCUUGUUUUAUAGAGUUGCUUGUAUUUUAUAAUUUAUUUACACAUCAUGGUUGGAAAUGCUUAUCUAAGUGCUAUGCAUUGAAGUGUAUGUUUGCUAAAUCCGUUUCAUUCUGUCUGUGGCUAUGUUCUUUCUCAUUAUAACAGUGGUAUAAAAUAGGGCUAGGGAGGAGACAAACUGAGGGAUACAGAACUUCUUCUGGUCCUACCAAUGGGUAAUUCCAGAAGGGGAUGUAUCAGUGGUAGAUAUACAUACUUUAUCAACUAAAUUUUAUGGAAAAAAAUAGACAGAACAGCAUGAGGACAAGUUAAAAUGUGGAAAGUCACAGCCACUUCCAAGUUGAUCAACAAAUGCAUUGAGCCUUUUGCCAUUAAAAUUGUGAAGUUUAUUGUUUGCUGGCUAAAAAAUAUCCCUUUUGUGGUAUCUGAGGUGUGAAACAUUGUCAGAAAUAUGAUGUCUGGAAAAAAAAUCAAACUAUAGUGGCAUUAAAUGUUUACUUUUAUCUUACUGA